AUGAAGGAAUUAUUCAAAGUAAUAAAAGAGCAACUGGAUAUCCACCCUGUAUCUGUUAACUAUUCUCACAAGCUGUUGAAGCAGUGUUCAGAAGAAGAAAAGUUCAACAUUGGUAGAAGGGUGUUCACACUGAAUCAACUGCAAGUGACACUUAGAGAUGGUCAGUCUCUGCUCACCUGGCUUGCAAUGCUGAAACGCCGGUUGAUGAAUUCCACACCAAUGAUUCUGCAAAAGACCAUCAUGCUGCGAAGGGUAAAGAUAAUUCACGAUGGCUCUGCUAUGGAUCGGUUGAGCAUGGAACAGUUUCCAUGCGCGGAUACGACCAAACUGCUGAUCAAGUGUGGCGCUGACGUGAAUGCCAUGGACGGUGAGCGCAACACGCCUCUUCACGUGAUCGUCAACUAUCACAAGGCCAUCUCCGAUUUCAUGACGCUUUACACGAUCAUCACUGCGUUGACGGACGGCGCGCUCAUUUGGAUUGCGUCAACGAGCGGGGGAGACGCCGCUGGACGCGUCGGCGACAGGUAG